AUGUGCUGCUUGUUGGUUGCUGUGGUUAUCUUAGUGUUGCUUGCACUUCAUUACAAGUACGCUGAGGUGGAUUUAACGUUGAAAUAUUACGAAUUAUUCGGCAAGAAAGUUGAGGAACUGCGAGGUCAAGUUGUUUGGAUCACUGGAGCUUCUAGCGGUAUAGGCGAGCACUUGGCUUAUGAACUGGCCAGUGCUGGCUGUAAGCUGGUUCUUUCUGCGAGAAGACAGCAAGAGCUGGAGAGAGUUAAGACAAAAUGCUGUGGUGAGUUUAAAAUAUAAAUAAGACAUUUUGAAUAAUUUGAUAUAAAUAUUGUGCAAUAUAUUGUGAGUUGUGACAUAUUAAAAAGGGUGGGAAACACGUUGCCACCUGCCAAUUCUUGCAGUGUUGUUGUGAGAUGAUUUUUGAUGCUGUCUUACGGUCUCAGGACACUGUUCUAAAAUCUCACAAUUUUGCACAAAAUCUGUUUUAAUUAAAAUCAUUGAAAUAGGCAAUUCCAGCUUUUAGUUUAUGCCUGCAGGGGAUGAUGGGAAGUAAGGUAUCAUAUUGCUGAUUAUGCUGAAAAAUUUCAAUAAAAACUACCGAAACAACCGAAAUAUUUCAAUAUUUAUAAGUAUAAGCUAUCACUCCGUGUUUACACAGCCACCAUUUUUGUUUUUUCAGUAUAAUCACCAAUGUGAUACCUUACUUCCCAUCAUCCCCUGCACACAUAAACUAAAAGCUGGAAUUGCCUAUUGAUGUGCCUGUUAAUCAAAUCUGAUAUGAAUGUAGUAAUUAUGCUAUAAAUAAUUUCCAGACUGAAUUUUGAUAUUUUUAUAAAUAAACAUUACAUUUAAUUUAAUGGUUCCUAUUGGAUAGAUUUAAUUGAAUAUAAGUAAUGUUUAUGCAAAGGCUGCCAACUUGAUAAGAGUGAAAAGUGGACAUAUUUUGUCUCUUGAUGUGUUGUCGGCAGUCCCUCGCCUUUCCCCUUGCACGGACAGGAAGCUAAACCCGUGGAAAGGAGGGACCGCUCGCAGUCUAUAUAUUUUUUGGGAUAACGUGUAUAAAAAUUAUAAUAUGUCAUGUGUUUGAUUUCAGAACUUGCUGCCGGGAAAGUAAAAGAUUUUAACACAGAUGAUGUACUUGUCUUGCCACUUGAUACGACAAAGUAUGACUCACAUGAAGAUGCAAUGAAAACUGUUCUUGAUCAUUUUAAUCAGGUAUAUUGUAAGUGAAGGUUCCUAGGGUUUUUGCUGGGUCCAUUUUCCACAACUUAAUCCAUUGAGCCAACACUCUCCCCUUGAUGAGUAAAAUCAUUUGGCAUUAGACAGAGUGAAAUAAUAAAGUAGGUACCUUACUCCUAGGGUGCAAUACUGUACAACUCAAUGGGGUCAGAGUUUAAAUUGUAAUUUUAGAAAUUUUUCUUUUAUAUUUUUGUUUACCAAUAACAGAUAGAUAUUCUGGUGAACAACAGUGGCAGAUCACAACGUGCGCUUGCCAUUGACACAGAACUCAAAGUUGAUCAAGAUUUAUUUGACUUAAAUGUGAUUGGUUCAAUAUCUCUCACAAAAGUUGUUCUUUGCCACAUGGUUGAGAGAAAGGCAGGACAUGUAGUGGUUGUAAGCAGUGUCCAGGGAAAAUUUG